AUGGAUCCCGUACAGGUUUUGCGAAAUUUCUAUCUUCUUGCGUCUACACUGCUUGUGUCAUUCAACGUUGUGCCGUCUUUGCAACAGCGAUUCUUGAAAUAUGGCGCCCGAGCCACCAAAGAGAAGGACGAGCAUGGCAAGCCUAUCGAGGAGCCCGAGUCCAACAGUCGAUUGUCACAGUUGAUGGACUUGCUGGCAUCAUUUGGUGUACCUCACUCGUGGUUUACUCACUUCUACAUAGCCUCAGUGGCGUCGUCCGUAUUCUGGGCGAUACAGGUUGCCUGCAAGGGAUUUGUUUUCAGAUUCCUAGCAGAGCUGCACUUAGACAACUCUGUCAAUGAGCCGUCCAUGGCGAUCGAUCAGGUGGUUCUAGUUUGGGCACUCAUGGCCAUCCAAGGCUGCCGCAGAUUGUAUGAAUGCAUUACCCUCACUAAGCCGACUACAUCCAAAAUGGGCGCUGCGGCAUAUUUACUUGGACUUGUUUUUUAUUUGGCUAUGGGAGUGGUUGUCUGGGUAGAAGGAAUACCUUCUAUACUUGCCAAUGACAUCUCAUUCCAAUCUUUGGCCAUCAUGAUUCAGCCUUCCGUCAAGACUGUCAUCGGCGUGCCUCUCUUCCUCCUCGGCUCAAUAGCCCAGAACACGUGCCACACCUAUCUCGCAAGUCUUAAGAAGUACUCUCUGCCCGAGGAAGGAUUAUUCCGUGGCAUCAUCUCGCCGCAUUAUACGAGCGAAUGUGUGAUAUACCUUGGACUCGCAAUCGCCGGAGCACCCCCAGGUCAACCUUUGAAUAAAACCAUUGCUACCGUGGUCUUCUUCGAGGCUAUCAACUUGGGCAUCACCGCGGAGUCCACUAGAGCAUGGUACAGCGAGAAGUUUGGAGCGAAGAGCAUUGACGGUAGAUGGAGAAUCUUCCCCUACGUUUAUUGA